CGGGCACGGCCCCGCCGCGGCCGGCGGGCUCCUUCUGGUCUUUCUCCAUCCUUGCGCCUCCCCUCUGGCACUGCUGUUGUCUGUGCGUGGAGCUGGGUAGGGAAACCCUGGGCAGAAUUGCCAUGGGUAUCUCCCCAGCUGUGAAAUAAGGAAAUGGUGCUGUCGCUUUCAUGCAGGUCUAGGGUGCUUUUGCCCUGUAGAGGAGGAGGGUGUUUGCUGGUAUUGAGGUGGUCGUAGGAGAGGCACGAGGUUUUGAUUAGCUGUGUGCUCCAGCAGCGCGGCACAAGGAAGUGCAGUGGCCUUGGCGUCCCUUGGUUUCACACUUUCACUUCCCAGCUCUAGUAGUUAGUCAGAUGAAGUAGCAGGUCUUCGUUCGCCUCAGACUGAUGAUCCAAACAGUAAUGUUCUCAGAGUUACGUACUUUAUUUGUCUACAAGUGUCUGUUUGGUCAGCAGUGGGUGAAGAUAGAUUUGAUGGACUUGUGAAGAGGAGGGUAAGGUGUGCAUAUGUUAAUGUCAAGCCACAUUCCUCUCCAAGCCCAGGUGACAUCUUUUAUAAAUGAAGUAGUUGUAUGUAGGUAUGCUUCGUUAGAUCCUAUCAGUGAAAAGUAACUGGGUGGGAAUGUCUUGCCUACUUCAACAAACCUGUCAACAGCCACCUAACAACUGCUUUGUGCCAAGGUCUCUGCUGCAACCAUCCAUUGUAUAAACACAAGAAAUGCCCGGUGUGUGGGGUUUUGUCAUAGCACAAACAUGCUGUUGCUUAUGUUAACUGGCUAUUCAGAUACGUGUUCUGUUUUGUUAAACAGAAGUGUUGCAAAAAGCUUAAUGGCAAUUCUGUUCUGACACUUGACAUUAUAAGGUGACUUCCUUAAAAUCUAGUUUGUAAAAGAAGUUCAGUUGAUUGGUUCAAGUCCACCUUGUUUUUUCCCAUUGAAAUGUAUUUUUUGUUUUAGUAUCCGUAAUCUUUGGCAGUAAUUCUUUAGAUUUCAGGGAGGUCACUGGUGUAAAAAUGCGGAUGGAUACAGAAAUUGGGGAAGGGUGUUGAUUGUUGCUGCUCUGCCCUAGUUAUCACAAAUAUUGUGAGAAGUGUGGCUCUCUUGUGUUUAUACUCUCUCUUCUUUUUUCUGGUUUGCUUAGGAUACAGCCUUUUUAGAAAGUGGUGUUUUUUCCACUCUCAAAAUGUGUAUUAAGGAGCAUAGUAUUGUUCAGUUUGUGUGGAAUCUUAAUAUUGUCUUUUGUGGCGAGCAAUACAAUAAGUUACUGAUCUGUGUUUUUCUGCACUUGUUUAAGGACUUAUGAAAAAAGUUCUGCAAGUCAGAUUUCAGAAGUCAUACUUUUCUUAAAGAGCAGGGCUACAGUGAGGCACAGUUUCUAGUUGUGUAUCAGUGCAGCACCCAUGAAUGUACAAGAAACAGGUUGUCCCCAGAGCUGACUGUUGUGCUUCUUAGGCUGAGAAAUUGAGUACUGCUCAUGUUGGGUGUAUUUAUGAAAUACAGUUUUCUAAAUAUGUUUUGGGACAUUCUUGAUGUAAAAUGGUAUACUUUUUUAUUUUUCUAAGGUUGCAUUCAAAUGAGUCUAAUAAAGCAAUUUAUAUUUCACCUUAACAUUUCUGGUUAGCACAGAGCUUUCUCUUUUCUUGGAAUUGACUUUCCAACUGCCUGACUCAUUCUGUGGUCUCAGUAUUCUGUGGAUGUCACACGAAGGGUCCUAUUGCAGGUGAUUGUAGCGAACAAAGUACUGAGUUUAUGAUACCAUUAAAGGAACUGCACUGAAAGAAAAGGGUUAGGAAAAAAUGCUGUCCAGGCAUCCUGGAAUAAAAAUAUUUUUUGGAAAGGCAAGAACAAUUCCCAAUAGUGUAGGAAAGACUCAGUCAUGUUUUGGUGCAGCUGAAGCUUUUCAUAGGCACAACUACUGUUGGCUUUCAAAUGAUUUGUAUUUGAGUUAUUUGUUUAGAAGAAAUAGCUAUAAAUUAGGGCACAAGGGUAGAAAACCACAAAAGCUCUACCAUUAGUGCUCUCUGUUUUCUCCUAAAUUACUUAAUUGGAAAAUUACUUUGCUUGAAGAAUUUCAUUGCUUGUAUGAAUCCUGAGUGUAUACAGAUAUAUGUUUCUCUCCAUUUAUUUGUUGUUAACCUUCUCAUAGGGUUUUUUCUUUGCAUAUUGUAGUUUUUCUGAUCAGAAAUUAUGAAUUUUGAAGAACAAAAUUAUAUGAGAUCAGUCAUCUCUUCUUUUUGGCAUUGUGUUUGAAAGACUAAUGCAUUCACUUUGUUUAUGACUUAAAUUUUAAUCUAGUACUCCCUUCCUUGUUAUCCGAUUUUGGAGGUCUUACUUUUUCUUUAUUCUCCACACUUUAUGUAUUUAUGCAUGGUACAUAAACCAAGAGAAAGAGGGGAAAAAAUUACUUUGCCAGGCUAAGUCAGUAUAUUGACAUCAUUUCCUAUUGCUGCUGAAGUAUAAAGAAAAACAUAAAACUUAAUUUACCAUUAUAGGAAACAAGAAGCAAGUGUGUAACUGAAAUACACUGAUCUUUACACAGAUCUUUCUCUGAACUCUUACAUCCUUUUAAAUAUAUAUUAAAUUGUGAAAUGGCUUAGUACUGAGAUUUGAGUAAUGUUAGUUAGAAUUAACUUGUCAGUUUGGAGACAGCUCUACUCAGUAAGGUGGGGUUUCAAAAGCAGAAUAGAAAGUAACCUGUUACAUGCUGCCUUUCAAACAAGUGAUAAUGGUUGUUUGCAUAUCACACUUUCAGGAGAUACAGAAGAAGAUGAAAAAUCACCCCCUGUCUUGAGAGUGAGGCCUGUAUUUGCGUAGUUCUUGCUUAAUUCUGCCAUCCAAGAUAUGGUUUUGAGCACGGCUGAGGUUUCCAUAGGCACAUCAUUUUCAAAUGAUAAAUGUGAAUGUGGUCAUGCAGGCAAAAGUAAGUUACUGAGGGAUAAAAUUAUAUCUCUCCAUUUUGUUUGUUGAGCUGUUAUUUCCCAUUCUGAGGAAGUGCUGUGAAGUCAUGGAAUCUCUGCUGCUCUGGUAAGAUGGAAAACAGAUGGAUUUGUUGGUCAGCAGUGUUUCUAGCUACAUUUGGGUUUUUUUUGGCCUCUGUAUUUCUGUUAGUCUGCAUGAUUUUCCCUUUGUAAAUUCAUGGUGAUUACUCCUAGUAUUCUUCUUGUCCCUCAUGUGUUUGAAAAUAGUUACCAGAAUUGUUUCCUUCACCUUCCCAGAGACCAGAGUGAGGCUAGUAGGCCUGUAGUUGCCUGGCUCCUCCUUCUUGUCCUUGAAAACAGUAUUUUCAUUGACACUUGUUUUCUUGAAUCCUUUGGAAUGUUACCCAUCAGCAUAAAACUUCCAAACAUAGUUGAGAAUGACUUCACAAUGACAAAACCAGCUCUCUCAGCACUCAGGUUGGUGCCUCAGUAGGUCACAUGGAAGUGCUAGGUCCAGUUCACUUAAAAAUUUGUUAAUCUGAUCCUCCCUCGCUCAGACUGUCUUUUGUAUUCUACACUUUCCCAUGGGUCUCAGGGACAUGGAAUUCCAGAAGGCUGGUCUUACCCAUGAAAGAGCAAGAUAAACAAGGUGCUUUGACAUUUUUGUAUGAUUUUGAUACUUUCAGCAGCAGGCUGACGUUUCCUCUCUAGCCUUCCUUGUGCUGCUCAUGUACCUGUACAUGUCUCUCUUGGAAUUUCAUAUUUGUCACCAGAUUCAACUCUAGGAGGACCGUGGUUUUCCUAACUCUAUCCUAGUGCACCUACGUGGUGUUCCUGUGUCAGUUGUGUGCACACACUUGGAGCAGCCCCACUUCACCUUGGUUUGGUUGAUUAUAAGAUCUCUGUUUUCUGCAUCAUCCUGCAUCCUUUGCUUGUGAACAGUGACCACCACUUCCUUGCUCAUUCAGAGGUCACCACCUUCGUCUAUCAUCAUUCUUUAUUUAAGCAUUCCCCAACCAGCCUCUUGGCAAAGAUACUCUUACCCAUGUAAUUUCAGGUGGAUCUUGUUCCCCUUCACCCUGUUUUUCAGUCUCAUAGAAGGUUCUAUGGAUGUAAAUGCUGCAUGACCACGUGCUCAUUUGCAGGAUCUGUCUGCUUCUCUUCAAGUUCUUCCCCUUCAUCAGCAGCAUGAAUGAGCCACUUGGCUACUAGACUUUGGCCAACACCCUGUUAGCUGUAGUCAUGCUUGGUAAACUCCUGGUCUCCCCUGGCUGUGUCCAUGGUGCCUAAAUGGAAGAGCAGCUAAGGGUAAUAGCUAAGGGCCAGACUACUACCAGCCUCAGUAACAGUUAGUCUGUGGUAUCCUGGAGCCUGGACCCUGGCAAGCAGCAUACUUUGCCAGGUGACAAGGUGGGCCAGCAGAGGUGUCUUUGUCCCAGAAGCAGGGACCCAGUGCUAUUCUUUACCCCAUGCUGUUCCUCAUACCCAGUACAAGUACUGCCACAGGACUCAGGCACAGAUGGCUCUGAGGCUUUCUUGGACAGAGUGUUUCCUGUCCAUGUGUGCUGCCAGGGCUCAGAACCUGCUCUGUAGAUCAGAGCUGCAGGCAGAACAGGAACUGUCCUCUUGGUGCUGGAGCUCAGAGGCUUGACAUGUCCAUCUGGACAAGCUGAGGCUCUGUCUGCUUCUCCUCUUGUCAUGGGGGUUUCUGUAGCUGCAAGAACUUGGGUGGGGAUCUGAGUGAUACGUGAAUGGGAACACUUACAUUAGAAAAUAACAAACAAAGGGUGAUGAUAGAUAACACUAAGGCGAAAUGUGGAAAAAUGACAGCUUGUUUGGGUCUGAUUUUGAUUAGACAUCUAAAAGAAGAAGAAAAGACAAUGAAAUUUGUGAAUAGUAUUAAGUAAAUUUUGAAUGCAAUUGAGGACAGUCAAACAUGAAACAAAUAAGCAGAACCCUUGGAAACAGAGAUGUUAAACAAAAUUUCAGUGGAACAAGUAGAAGCUGAAAGGAAUGGAAAGAAACCAUCAGAAAUGGAACAAGAUUCCUGAAGCCCAGAAAUUGGGGAAACUAAUGGGUUUAUCUUCCUGGGUCGUGACAAUUUAUUAUCUGUUUGUGUUCAAUGGGGCGACGAAUUCACUUUGUGGUUGACCCUCAAGGCUGGUGCUGUAUGGGCCUAAUUAUCUUCGUCUGGCUGUACAAUACAGUCUUCAUUCCAAAGGUCAUCCUUUUUCCUCAUUAUGAAGAGGGAAAUAUUUCAGUUGUGGCAGUUUUGUGUUAUUACUUCUGCUCAUUGUUUUGUAUAGCUUCAUUAUUUAGAGCCUCAGUAGCAGAUCCAGGAAAACUAACUGAAAAUCCAAAGAUACCAGUUACAGAACGAGAACAUUGGGAGUUAUGUAACAAAUGCAAUAUGAUGAGACCAAAGCGUUCUCACCAUUGCAGUCGCUGUGGACAUUGUGUGAGGAGGAUGGAUCACCACUGUCCAUGGAUUAAUAAUUGUGUUGGUGAAGACAAUCACUGGCUGUUUUUACAGCUGUGUUUCUACACCCAGAUCCUUAGUUCCUAUACACUGAUACUUGACUUCUGCCAUUACUACUACUUUUUGCCUCUGAAAAAAGAAAACUGGGACGUGUUUGUAUUUAGACAUGAACUUGCUCUCCUAAGAAUAUCUGCCUUCAUGGGUCUAAUAAUUUUAGGUGGAAUAAGUCGACUCUUUUACACUCAGCUAAUGGGUAUUUUCACUGACACUACAAGUAUAGAAAAAAUGUCCAACUGUUGUGAAGACAUACCGAGGCCCCAGAAGCCAUGGCAGCAGACCUUCUCAGAAGUUUUUGGCACUCACUGGAAGAUCCUGUGGUUUAUUCCUUUCAGGCAGCGGCAUCCACUGCGAGUUCCCUACCACUUUGCCAAUCAUGCCUAAACAGAUGGAUAGUGGGCACAGAUGGGUCCUCCAUGCUGGAAGUGCGUUACAGGUUGGAUGAUAAUAGGACUGUGACAGUCUUCAAGUCAAUUAAAAUCAGUCGUAGGCAUCACAGUGUGCCCCGGGCAUUAUUUUAGUUAUGGUCUUGAUUUUAUUCUGAAAUUAGGGCAAAUUAAAUAUUCAACUUCAAGCUUAUUUACUUUCAAAUUAGCUUUCCAAAGAGAUUCCUUUUGUCUUCAAGGAUAAUACCAAAAGCAAACAACUGGAAUGUAGUUUUCAUCCAGUUUGAUACUGGCUCUUUUUUUUUCAUUCUGUUUUAUUUUUUGUGUAGAAAGCACUGAAGUUUACAUUGAUGGUUAGUUUUCUCACUAAGUGUCUUAUUCUGCCUUGACAUUUUUUUGGGGGUUUGUAUCAGUACGCUUGUCUGGAUAAUAAUAAUGUCUUUUUUCCUGCUGCAUAUGUUUAAAAUUCCGUGAUUCUGCUAGUUAUUUAUGAUAUGCAAAAGUAAUCCUGCAGCACUGCACUAUAAAAGGUAAUAUUGAAAGCUGAAGCAGAUUGCUUCCUAAAUCUUUUACAGAGAGGUUUUGUAGAGGCACACAAAUGUGUGUUUUUAUAUAGAGAAGAGCUUACAUUUAUCUUCUGGCCUAGAUAUGAUGUUAGUGAAAAGAGUUCAUGUCUUCAUGUCUUUUUGUCAGUGAGAGGGAUUAAAUAUUUCAGGGUAAACUAUGCAGAUACAAAGCAUGUUUUCCCUAAAUCCUGAGGAUUUGAAUCAGCAAUAAUCAACAAAGAAGUUGCAUGGUGCAAAUAUUAGAAUGAUUACUUUUAGAAAAUACAGAUGUAGUUAGUUGGCAUAAUGUGUCAUAAAGAAGAGUAUAUUGUCAAUGAAAUUAAAAAUUUUAUAUUUACUUUUCUUUAGUCUUGAUUAGCUGGAAUUGGUCUAAGUGUUUGUAUAUUUAAAAUAAAAUUAAUUUAAAUACAGAUUUGCUAUUAACAGGAAGUGGUAAGUGAAGUAUAUAAACACUUUUAAUAGGGUACUGUGUUGAUGUUGAUAGCUUCUUGUUCCUUUUAAGUAGGGAAGUAGCUAACCAAAGAAGGUGUCUUUCAGAUCUGGUAAAAUGAAAUUUCCAGAGUACCAGCUCAGUCUUCCUGUAUCUGAAAAAGUUACGUACUUACUUUAGCCCUCUGUAUCUAUACAAAUAUUAACUUCAGAUGAUUGUGGAAACUACUGUGGAUUUGUAGGAGAAAUUCACAGCUCAUUGUUUCCAGUUAUGCUUCUUACUGUGCUUUUUGAAUAGUCUAACAGGACUAGGAUCCCCCUUAAAUAACAGCCGUGCAGCAGGACACAAUAAAAGACAUAAAGUCAGGAUUUUAUACAUGGAGAUUGUGCAGAAAGUAAUAGCUUAUUUGUGAGCAGUUACUUCAAAAAAGAAGGGUAAGAUUUUUCAUGACUGGUGUUCGCAAAAAAUUUUUAGAUCAACUCUCUAAAUGUCUUAGUACAGUUACUGCCAAUGUUGGGUGUCACUUUAUUGAGUUAACAGAUUUUGAUGAUCCACCUAAAGUUCCAAAAAGGGCAUCCUAAAAAUCACCUGAAAUUUAAACUUUUGUGAAUGUCUAACAUUUGAUCCAACUUUAUUUUUCCUGUCCUAUUAAAAAUAGAUGCAACGUUUUGUUAAUUUAAAUUUCAAGCCUAAUGUUCAGCUAUUUUCCUUUUCUUUUUUUUCUCAUGACGGUUGUAGAGAGGUUAGACUUUUUUUGAAGUGGUAUUGGCAUAUUGGCAGCAAUAUUUAAACAAAAAAAAAGCUUAAGGAAAUGGAUGAAAAGACCGAAGCAGUGCUUGAAAUUGAAAGGAAUCUGGAUAUACAUAAUAAAGUAAUGGCUCUAUUAUUUUUCAUUCCCUCCGCUAUUUUAGUCUCUGGAAUAUACGGGGAAAUAGUAUUUCAUUUUCCGUGCCAAUAUUUAAAUGUUUCAUGAGCAAAGCGUAGUUUGAAGUUUUUAGGGCUAAUCAGUUAUCAGAGCAGAUUGUACAGUUCUGAACCUUAUUCAGAAAGAAGACCAAGAAUUUAACUAUUUUUGGUAUAUUUAUCGUGUUCUGCUUCCCAGUAUUACUGUUUCAGGCUGGAGUAUCAGUUACAGCUUCCAGCAAGUGAUGUCAGUGAAAAUCUUGCCUGAUUUUCAAACAAAAGUGCUAAUUUCACAAAUUCAUGUUCUCAAAUGUUUCCAUGUUGCUUGAUUUCCUUUGAAAUCUACUUUUUCUCAGUCUCCUAUUCAACGUAACUAAUAAUCAUAAUUGAUAAUAUCAUAAUUGAUAGGCAUCAAUUUGCAACAUGAUUAUGACUGCUAGUUCAUUUUUAAGUGUUUGGAGGAAAAAGGGGAGAAUUUGGAGAGUCUUGACAUUUUAGGAGGUACUAAACUUUAUUCUUUGAAUAAGAGGCAAUCUAAAAUGGUAAAAGUAAUAAUUUUUUCCUAAUUCAGCUGAAGGACUCUAUCAUGUUAUUAGUUUCUCCAAGUACUAAUGUUUCUGAAACUAAUUCUCAGAAUGAGUUGCUCUGUCAGAAAAAUAGAUUUUUAUCAACCAAUUUAAAAUCCUUCAGACCUUGAAAUUCUUGAAUCCUUUGAACCAUUGCCUUCUUUUCCUUCUUAGGGAAAGAAAGUCUUCCUUAGCAUUCUUUCUUUUAGUAGAAACUGCACUUUUAAGAUUGAUUAUUGGUUGUCAUUUUUAUGCAUUUAAAAAAAACUUAUAGGCAGUGUUACUAAUUUUGUUCCAAUAUCAUAUCAGAACAAGAUGUACUUUUUUAAGAAAAGUGAAUAUUAUUUUCUGACUUGGCAAUAUUUGAUUUCCUGAAAGGCACAAAAAGUACUUGAAGAACCAAUGAACUUCUCCCUGAACAAAUAUGAAAGUAGCUGGUUUACUUACAGUGUGGGAUAAUAUCUGGUCAGACCAAAAAAUGUUUACUUGCUAUCUUCUCAUGAUCAGAGAACUGAGAUUUCAUUUGAAAAAUGCUGAUGUCUAAAGUAAAAGAUAAUCUAUUAAAUAAUAUCUGUGAAUCUGUCCUCUGAUCUGUUGCAUUGAAGGAGAGAUUCCAUCACACAGCUGGUCUAGUAUUUCAGAUACACGAUAAUUUUCAGUCUUGAGGAGUUUAUGAGUCUUGAAUUUUUAUGUAUACGCGGAGUUUUAAGAAUAGAUUUUCUAUGCAUCUGUCUUUAUUAAUAUACUUACCUUUUAAAAUAUGUUCUCAGCUGUCCUUCAGAUAUUCCUGAGAAUUAUUUUGAUUAAUUGGUUUAUAAAUGGAUAAUAGAACACCAAGUGGAAUGUCAUGUAUCCUGCUUUAACACCAGCCAGCAAUUAAGCACCACAGAGCCUCUCAGUCAGGAUGAGGGGGAGAAUUGGAAGAGUAAAAAUGUGAAACUCUUGGGUCAAGAUAAAGACAAUCUAUAGGUUUGAUAGGUAAAUGAAAAACCAUACAAGCAAGCAAAUCACAAUAAAGAAUUAAUUUACUGCUUCCCAUGGUCAGGCAGGUGUUCAGGGAGCUGUAGGAAAGCAGGGCUGCACCACAUGUGACAGUGACUGGGGAAGACAAACCAUCACUCCAAACAUUCAUGCUUUCCUCCUCCCCCGAGCUCUGUUUGCUGAGCAUGACACCAUGUGCUGUGGAAUAUCCCUGGAGUCAGUUGGGGUCAGCUGUCCCACCUGUGUCCCCUCCCAACUCUUUGUGCAUUCCCAGCCUCCUUGAUGGUGUAAGGAGCAAAAAGGCCCUGCCACUGUGCUUCCUUCUGGCUCAGCUGUAAGGAAAGCAUUCUUGUGCUGUCAACACCCUUCCCAGCACAACUCCAAAAUACAGCCCUGCAUUAGCUCCCUGAAGAAAAUUACUUCAUCCCAAACCAGCAGAUCGUGACAGAUCACAUUGCUGUUUGCAUUCAGAAUGCGGGAUAUUUCAUUGUUCAUGUUACCAUGUUUGGUUGAUGAGAAGCUCAGCACAACCUGGUAAUGUGUGCUUUCAGCACAGCAAACCACGUGUUCCCUGAGCUGCAUCAUAAGAAGUGCAGCACAGAGGCCAGGGGAGGUGAUUUUCUCUGACUAAGUUGAAUCUAAUUCUAAAUAAGUUGAAGUAUUAGGAUCUCAGAAAUAAGUGUGAUGCUGAAUGCUGCUAGGAGCUGUUUUUGGGAGGAACUGGUACUUCUAAAUGCACCGUCCAUACUUAGGUAAUGUAUUACGUGACUGGAUACUUCAGAAAACAUUCCUCAAAAUAUUUUUGUACUACUUUCCCAGUGGCUGAGUAUUGCCCUUAGGAGGCAUUGAAAUACUUGUGUCUGUGGACUGCAUGAAGCCUAGGAUUACAGUUCUGCUGAAAUUAUCCAGUGGCAUCUUGUGUCUUGGCCAGGCAAUGGCAGAAUGGUUAAAACCUCUUAUAGCAACAAUGGCCAUCUAAGUAUCAACUGUAUAACUGUAAGAGUAACUUACAUUUACAGAGGUUUUCAAGUUAGAAAAUAGGAAAUUUAACUUCUGAUUUCUGUGCACUUCUAGAUAUUUCAGUGCACAUUCCCAGGACUCAUGCCUGUAUAUCACAGUAGUCUGCAGACAGAAAAUUAUCACUCUGUCUCUUUAACAGAAAAAAAACCACUGAUUUUUGUAAACUAGCAUUCUGAAUUUUGUAGCUGAAACAUGGGCAUGUGAUUGAGUUUUAUCCAUUUGUUCUUAGUUUGAUCUUGACUGUUUUCAGAUAAUGCUGAAGGAAGUUCUUACUGGAGUUAAAUUAUGAGGUCUAACACUGGUUAUGCCUGAAUGGUAAUGUACAAGGUGAAUGACUGAAUAAUAUCAGAACAGGGAAGCUUACUCUGGUAUUCUUUUAAUCAAAUCUGAAAAUGCAUGAGUGUGUUCAGCUGAUAAGCAAUGUAUUUUUUUAAAAUUUAUCUUUGUUAAUUUCAUUCAUGUGAUGUUUCUGUGAGAUUUUUAAAAGUUUAUUAAAAUGAUAGUUUAUUUUUUUUCAUUCCUACUGAGAAUUUUUUUGUUCUAUAUUUUUAUGAAAUCUUCUUUUUAAAUAAAAAAAAUAAAAGUUUUUUUCUCUUCACUGAA